AUGAAGUUUGAUGUGCAAAAGUAUCUUGAGACUUCAACAAUUCAUGGACUUGUCUAUAUAUCCAAGAAGUUUCAUGCCAUUGAGAGAAUUUUCUGGAUAAUUGUGCUGCUUUGUUCGACAAUCUAUACUUCGGACUUGAUUAUUGAGUUUGUAGUAAAAAUAAUAAAAUCUCCAAUUGUUUCGUAUUUGUCUGAUCAAUCAAUUGGUGUGUCUGAAAUUAAUUUUCCAGCAGUUACAUUUAUACAAUUUUUCAAUCAGGCAAUUCCUGUGUCGGAGAUAAAUUUCCCAGCAGUCACAAUAUGUCCACGAAUGGUGAGUAAGUUCUCUGUUGACCACUACGAAUUUGACAAGAAACAUCGCUAUGAGAAUCAUAAUCUAGAGAAGAUUGAUUUAAAGCGACUUCAAGUAAUCGACAUCCUUACGAACCGUAAAAUAUUCCAAAAACUCAACAUUUCAGUUCCAACAGAUAAUUUUUUUGAGGUUAUGAAUCAAUUCCAAAAAGAAUUUGAUCCUGACACUUCAUCAAUUGUAUUUUAUCUGAUUUAUGAGCCACAAGAAUACGUCACAGAAGUCAUUACUAAGUGGGGACUAUGCCGAACAUUUAACAGUGCAUUCAGUCAUGAUUUAUUAAACUUUAACAAAACCUCAAAAGAUUUUCAUUAUGAAGAAGCAAAUAUUUAUAAACGAUUAAAAAGAUUCAAGCAUGCACAUCCAUCUGAUGAAUUACCACGAAAGGUAUCGACAUCAAAGGCUGGAUUGUGGGUUGGAUUUGGUAAUAAUGAGGAAAAUGAAGAAAGUUUUGAGCUGAUUCAUAAUGAUUUUGAUGGAUAUGUGGUUAUAUUUCAUGAUCCUUUUGAGCUGCCAUCGAAGAACUCGAAGACUGUGAAUUUUAACAAACAAUUGCAGACAAAAGUGUUAAUUGAUGGGCAAAUUAUGACAAUUGAUGAGUCCCUUUACGAUUAUGAACCUGCUGAACGCAACUGCUACCUCGAAAACGAGAAAGUCCUGAAAUUCUUCAAAAUCUACACGAAAAACAACUGCGAGAAUGAAUGUCUGACUGAUUUCAUGCUCAGUCGUUGUGGCUGCGUUGAAUUCUUCAUGAUUCGAAAUUCUUCAACUCGAAUUUGUUCAGCAAAUGAGCAAAGCUGCUAUAAGAAAGCUGCAGAAGACUUUGAGGAACAGAAAAGCUCUUGCGAAUGUUUUGAGCAAUGCGAAUAUGUCAAGUAUGAGUACGAAAUGCAGUCAUUUGGAUUAGCAGAUACUCAAACAAGCCAGCCAUUCCUUCACAUAGGAUUUCAAUUUCAAUAUAGAAACAGCGAAUUUUACAGUUUAGGACGCAAAAAGCAGUUCACAACUGUUGAUUUUAUGGCUUUUGUCGGUGGAAUUUUGGGACUUUUUUCAGGAUUUUCAGCACUUUCGUUUAUUGAGCUGAUUUAUUGGUUCACAAUUCGAGUUAUUGCUGAAUAUAGGAAGAGAAGAGUUGAUCCUGUUGUGGAAAAUCAAGAAGAUAAUUCAAAAAUAUCGAAGAUUAAAGGAUUUAUAAGUUCUUAUUUAAAUGAAUCGUCAAUUCAUGGGAUGACUUAUAUUGCUGAAUUCUCAAGACUAAGUCGCACUGAAGAGAGUGUCCCAGACAGCAGAGUUAUUGCGUACGAUGACAGUUUUAAGCUACUUGAGAAUAUUCCAUUUCCAGCUAUUACAAUUGUCCCACAAUUCUCAUUCAUUGGAAGAGUGACCGAAUAUUUGUUUAUGAUGACUGGACGGUCAUUUUUAUAUGAGGAUAAUUUUAAUGAGACAACACGGGAGAACUACAAAAGAAAAGUCGUUCGAUUCUAUUUUUGCAUGGAAGACUUUAAUGCUUACCGAGAUGGAUAUCAGUACAGCUUCGUACCAUACAUCUUUGAGGUUAUGAAAGCAAAUUCACGACUUGAUUGGUUCCGUGAGCAAUAUUCAUCAUUUAACGGCAAAUAUCAACCAGAUUAUGCAGAGGUUCGUACACCAAGAGGCAUGGGAUUCACAUUUAACAUGAUUGAUGCUGAUGAGAUGUUCAACUUUGAUCACUCAGAAUUCAAUUACACCAGAAACAUCACGACAAUGCCCAGCAACUUGCAGCAACUCAAUAAAUCUCACAAAUAUCCACUGACAUUCAAGAAGUUAGACCAUGCAGCCUUCACUUUUAAUCUUCAUAGACCGGAUGGAGAAUAUUGGAGAUGCAUUAAGCAAUCAGUUUUAAUCCAUCAUCCUGACUUUGUUCCGACUUUUACAGCAAGAAAAGAUUUCAUUUCUUUCGAGUAUGGAACAUCAAUGGACAUAACAGUCACUCCAGAAAUAACCAGAAUAGACAAAAAUAUCAAAAAGUUAAAGCCACAAGAACGAGAAUGUUAUCUUGAUGGUGAAAGAUCAUUGAAGUUUUUUAAAAAAUAUUCUCAAAAGAACUGCGAGAUUGAAUGCUUGACAAUGGUCACAAUGCAAGAAUGUGGAUGUGUGGACAUUGAUCAGCCAUUCAUUAAUUCCGAUCAAAUAUGCUUGAACAUAUCAAGAUCAGAGACCACGUGUUUAAGCAAACUUCAGCGUGACAUUUAUGUAUCUGAAGACUUUUCACCCGAACAGAACUGCUCAUGCCUACCAUUGUGCAACUCAAUCAGCUACAACAUCAAUUAUUAUACAAAGCAUGAGUCAGGUGGGAAUGAGACAACAAUAAAUGUGAGAAUGAACAUGGACGACAUCGUUUUGUUCCGAAGAUAUCAGCAAUUUACAUUCUCGGAUGUUGUUUCUUAUGUCGGUGGACUUUUGGGACUUUUUGCUGGCAUUUCAAUGCUUUCAAUUGUUGAAUUUUUCUACUUUUUUACAAUUCGACUUGGGGUUAAUUUGUGGAGGGUGUUGAGGGGUGAUUAG